AUGACGGAGACUCGCAAAAACCAUGGAUACGAUCCCUUCAUUGUCCGGACCGACAGUUUCAUGCGGCGAGAGAGUCUGCGCGAUGCUCACCAGCACUGGCGUAGACUAGUAGAUCGCGGCCUGAAAACAGUCGAUGCGGCGCAGAACUUCACGCAGUUCGAGCAAGCCAUGGAGCUGCUCCAAUCAGACCAAGGACUAAAAGACAAGGACGACCCCGUGCACAUGGGCGGGGGAACGAGGUCGAUGAGGAUCAAAGACGACGGAUUCCAGGCGUACACCGAGAAAGUGGGCAUGGCGCUCGUCGGUGGCGUGUUCCUCAUUGCGCCGAUGCUCAUCAUGGUGUUGCACCCGGGCCUGGUCACCUCGCUUGUCACGACUUCGGUCUGCGUCUUUGCUUUUAGUCUGGUUAUGUCGUUGCCGGUGUUCUUGAAGGCGCCGUUUGACGUGCUUUCGGCGACGGCGGCGUAUGCUGCUGUCCUGGUGGUGUUUAUUGGCACUGGUGGUGGAGGAGAAUGA